AUGGCUUCGAGCAACAUUCUACACCUCCCGUUCCCAAUCAAGCGCUACAUCUCGACCAAAUAUGACCAACAUCCGGACAUGUUCACCACCGACCUCGAGCACAUAGACCACCUCCGACAUGCUGCUGUCCACGCCCUCGAACCUCACACCAGCGGUGUCCGCAAGAUUCAGCAGUAUGCUGCCCAACUGGUCUGGAUGGGCGCAAAGUUCCCCGUCGACAUCGGCUACAACACCCAGCGACCCUUGUCUCAAGACAACAUCCGCUUUGAGCUCGCCAACAUCCUCUUCAACCUGGCCGCCAUGUACUCGCAACUGGCCAUGUCCUCCAACAGAAGCACUGGAGAUGGCCUGAAAGCUGCCUGCAACUACUUCUGCCUGUCUGCCGGUGUCAUCUCUCAUCUGAAAACGACCAUUGUCCCAGAUAUGAGGACUGCUCCUCCAGAAGACAUGGACACCUCUACACUUGAAAGUCUAGAAUAUCUUAUGCUCGCUCAAGCUCAGGAAUGCUUCUGGCAAAAAGCCGUCAAGGAUGGUCUCAAAGAUGCCAGCAUUGCAAAACUCGCUGCUAAGGUCAGCGACUUCUACAACGAGGCCGGUGAUUGGGGCAUUAAGAGCGAUUCCGUCAGCAGCGAAUGGAUUCACCAUAUGAACGCUAAGCACCACCACUUUGCUGCUGCUGCCCAAUACCGUGCCGCCUGUGACUGUCUGGAGAAGAGAAAAUACGGCGAGGAGGUUGCUCGUCUGCGCGACAGUCUCAAAUGCGCUGAUGAGGCUCUGCGCGAGGCCAAAUAUGUCAACAAGGCUGUACAAGACGACCUGAAUGGCCUUAAGACAAGAGUCUCAGAAGACCUGAAGAGAGCCGAGAAAGACAACGACAUGAUCUAUCUUUUACCCGUGCCGCCUAAGUCGGAGCUUAGAACGCUUGACAGAGCGAGCAUGGUGACUGCCAGGGUGCCUAAGGAAGUCUCGGAACCAUUGACCAUGCUAGGAGACCACGGGGAACUCGGCAAACCGCUCUUCUCGAAGCUGGUACCAUAUUCAGUCCACGUCGCAGCAAGCAUCUAUGUGGACAGGAGAGAUCGACUAGUAAACAACACAAUCGUACACGAGCUCGAGGAUCUUACCGUGAGAAUACACGAUUUGUUGAAGUCUAUUGGUCUCCCUGGAUCGUUGCAGGCGCUGGAAAAACCACUUGGUCUUCCUCCGAGUGUGGCCAGCCAUGCUGAGGAGGUCCGACAAAUGAAUGGUAUCUACCGACUUCAUGGUGCCAUGGCAGACACAGAGAAACUGAAGAACAGUGACCGCGCCACUUAUCAGGAAGGUGUUGAGAUGCUCCGCUCAGAAUCAGCCGAGGACGAUGCCGCGCGACGAAAAUUCGGGACAGACAGAUGGGCUAGACCGCCCUCAAACGAGGCAUCACGAAAGCUUUACUCUCAAGUCACGGAGAUCGACGGAUACCUCAAGCAAGCAGCUAACAGCGACAAGCUUGUCCAAAAGAAAUUGAAGGACAACGAGGCCUUGAUUCGCCUGCUUGCCGGAACAGACCGUGAUCUCGAGGAUUACGUUCCAAGCAGUCGACGUGCAACGAUGACUACCAAGGUCGAGCGCGAGGCCAACACUCUCCGUGCUGUGCUCAAUGAUAUCGCCCGUUUCGAGAACCGUCGCAAGCGGAAGAUCGAAAAUGUUCGGGCAAAGGCCAAGUCCGACGAUGUCAACGCCGACUUGCUUCGCGAAGCUGCUCGACUCGAAAGAGAGUAUCCAAUGCAGACACUCGAGGCAAUUCAAUUCGAAAGCUUUUUCGAUCAACGACUCGAGAGAUACGCCGCCGACCGCAACGAAAUCAACGAAGAAAAGACCGAACAGGAUGAUCUGCUUGAACGUGUUCAACAAGCAAACAAUUCGUUCAAUGUUGCCAGAAAAGGAGACACUUCUACAAAAGACCGCGAACAAGCUUUGCAGAAUCUGGAAAAUGCAUACCUCGCGUACAAGGAGAUUAUCUCAAACCUUGAGACUGGUCGCAAAUUUUACAACGACCUUGCCAGCAUAGUCACACGCUUCCGCGACGACUGCCGCAAUUUUGUCUAUCAACGACGCGCUGAAGCUUCAGCCCUCGAGAACGACGUUAGCACCUCCAUGGCUCAGAUGAGUUUGCAGAACGCCAACCACACCAACCUGCGCCAACAGAAGCAGCAAGAGACGUUGUUGAAUCAACAACAGCCCCGUGGAACGCCACGGACAGGGCCGCCGCUGGCAGCGCCCUUACCAACCAGAGCCAACGUCGCACCUCCCUCUGUAGCGGCGGCUACGUCGCCUACUCCGGGUAUGUGGACGCCGGAAAUGGGUAUUCGGUUUGGAGGAUCCAGCGCUGCGGCAUCUCCCAUGGCAGCUGCAGCAACCAAUGAUGGUAGUUCUAAUAAAACACGCGACAACAGAUGGGACCCAAGCACACAGAACAUCCAGUUCAGGUAG